AUGGGUUGGAAUUCCCUCUAUCGAAGAUACAAGUCCACUGGGUACUUGGACCCUAUUGGUCCGAGGCAUGAGUUUUCGCGGAAGACAAUUUUGGAAGUUAUUGAGGGGCCUUUGGAAGAUGACUCAGAAUUCAAGAAGGCAUUUAUGAUGAUGGCGGUGAAUGAUGUGAUGGCCCCGACAAGUUGUCAUCGAAUGUCUGUGAAGAUGCUCCCAGUUGUAAGUGUUGCAGAGAGGGCAAAAGAAUACGAUUGGUGUAGUUUUGUGUUGGACCAUCUUAUAAAAUCUGUUGGUAAUUUUGCGAAAAGGUUUUACACUGAAGGAUAUGCGAAAUGCUGUGGUGGUUGCACUAUAUUUCUGGCGGUGUUAUACCUUGAUCGAUUGAGGAGGAACCCUGUAUCGUGGGGAGUUUUUCCACGAAGAAAGCGUGGACGAAGGAGGAUAUAAACCUUGCAAAGAAAGAAGAUAGGAAAGCAUCAGGUGAUUAUGGUGGCCUCGGUGUAAGUAGUUUAUAUAUAAUAAUGUGUAAUUUUUUUUAGUAUGAAGGAAUAAGAUUUGUUGUGUUGUGUAUAUUAGAUUUGUUGUGU